AUGGGAAAGAAAAAGAUUCCCAUUACUUUCGUUGAAGAUCCAGUGAAACACAAAAUUCAUUUCCAUAAGAGGAUGCAUGGACUUUUCAAAAAGUUUCAUGAACUAUCUGUUCUUUACGGAGAUCCGAUGUGUAUGAUUGUUGAAGAUGAAAAUAAAAAUUCAUAUUGCUAUAAAACUGAUUCAGGAAGACAUGCCAAGCUCAUUGCUGCUGAAUACGACAAGCUCAACGUAUCAGAUAAGGUGAAGGUUUACAAUCCAGCAACAAGAACCUUUCAUAACAAGCUUAAAGUUGUCCGUGAAUUGGAAGACCAUGAUCAAGGGAUGAUUGCACUACAAAAUGCAACCGCUGAAGUAGCUACAGUUCUUCAUGGCAUCGAGGAAGUACAACUGCAUGGUGAUAGUAAUCUUCAUUUUGCACAUCCAGGGAAUGAAGAUGAUUUCUCUGUGGAAUGGCUUGAAAAUUUUCUUUUGUCUGAAGUUGAGGACAAGGAUGGACAUAAUCCCUCUGUUCCUACAUAA